AGAGGCGUUUCAGCACCAUUCUCGGGGAGAGUAUUUUUUAUAGUCUAUGGAGUAGACGCGACAUUUGCCGCAAGUAGAAAGGAGUGGAGCGAUUGAGAACGAAAACUCUUCUUUCAUGUGGAUUACUUCUGGAAAAAAUAAACCCCUACCAAAAGCGGAAACUAGCUAAUACAUUAGGAACAACAUACAAAGACUGGAAUUAUACGGUCCCAACCCAUGAUGUACAGCGCCUGCUCUACAGCCCCACCCACUUCCUGUCUUUAGAGGAAGCGGCUCCACCAGUAUGUCCUCCCACCCCCAGUCUGUGCCUCAGGGCCGGAGGGCUGUGGACAUCCGCCACCUGCCAAACCCUGCCAGUCUACCACUGCAGCUGGCACGGGCACACACGGAUGUGGGACUGGUGGACUAUCACCCUCACUCUCGGGACUACAGCUCCCACCUGGCUCAGCCCCACCGCCGCAGACCCUCUCUGCUGUCCGAGUUCCAGCCAGGGAAUGAGAGAGGUCAGGAGCAACACAUCCGCUAUGAGCACAUAUACCUGCCCGAUCCCAACAACCUAUCAGAGGUGGAAUAUGCUGAGAUGAAGCGUCCUCGGCUGGACAUGGGGCCGGAGUCUCUCAUGAGGCACUCAGCCCACCGCCCACAACUUCCUCUGGGAGGGGCAGAGGACAUGUCAAAGGACCGGGGCAGCUCCAUGGGGAAGCUGGAGCCCAUCUCCCCCGUAAGCCCGGCCCAGAUGGACCCUGAUCUGGACCUGGUGCCCGCCCGCUUCUCCAAGGAGGAGCUCAUCCAGAACAUGGAUCGUGUGGACCGGGAGAUUACGAUGGUGGAGCAACAGAUCUGCAAGCUACGCAAGAAACAGGUACAGCAACAGCUAGAGGAGGAGGCAGCAAAGCCCCAGGAGCCGGAGCGGUCCAUGAUCUCCCCUCCACCCAGCGAGGCCAAGCACCGUAGCCUGGUGCAGAUCAUCUACGACGAAAACAGGAAAAAGGCAGAGGAAGCUCACUGGAUUCUGGAAGGACUGGGACCUCGAGUAGAACUGCCUCUGUACAACCAGCCCUCAGAUACCAAGCAGUACCAUGAGAACAUCAAAAUAAACCAGGCGAUGAGGAAGAAGCUCAUUCUUUACUUCAAGAGGAGAAAUCAUGCUCGUAAGCAGUGGGAACAGAAGUUCUGCCAGCGCUAUGACCAGUUGAUGGAGGCCUGGGAGAAGAAGGUGGAUCGCAUUGAGAACAACCCCCGGCGCCGGGCCAAGGAGAGCAAGGUGCGCGAGUACUACGAGAAACAGUUCCCUGAGAUCCGCAAGCAGAGGGAGCUGCAGGAGCGCAUGCAGAGUAGCCGGGUGGGGCAGCGUGGAGGGGGAUUGGCCUCGUCUUCAGCCCGCAGUGAACAUGAGGUCUCUGAGAUCAUCGACGGCAUAUCAGAGCAAGAGAACACCGAGAAGCAAAUGCGUCAGCUGGCGGUCAUCCCUCCCAUGCUAUUUGACGCAGAGCAGCAACGUAUCAAGUUCAUCAACAUGAACGGCCUGAUGGACGACCCCAUGAAGGUGUACAAGGACCGGCAGGUCAUGAACAUGUGGAGCGAGCAGGAGAAGGACACCUUCCGUGAGAAGUUCAUCCAGCACCCAAAAAACUUUGGGCUGAUUGCUUCUUUCCUGGAGAGAAAGACGGUGGCAGAGAGUGUCCUCUUCUACUACCUGACCAAAAAGAACGAGAACUACAAGAACAUUGUGCGCAGGAACUAUCGGCGCCGUGGCAGGAGCCAGCAUAGCCAGCAGCAGCAGCAGCAACAACUGCAGGUGAACCGCAGCAGCCAGGAGGACAAGGAGGAGAAGGAGAAGGAGAAGGAGAAGGAGAAAGAGAAAGAGAAGGAAGGAGAGAGGGAUGAGGAGAAGACUGAGGGAGAAGACAAGGAGGAUGUAAUGAAGGACGACACCUCCGGCGAGGACGGGGAGGACAAAGAGCCCACGGUGGCUUUCAAGGGUCGACGCACGGCCAACAGCCAGGGUCGCCGCAAGGGCCGCGUUACCCGCUCCAUGACCAGCGAGGUGGAGGAGACCGCCACGCCACCGCUCAGCAGCGAACUAGCCAAUCUGGAGAUGAAUGAGAGCUCUCGCUGGACUGAAGAGGAGAUGGAAACCGCCAAAAAAGGUCUUCUCCAGUAUGGUAGGAAUUGGUCGGCCAUCGCCAAGAUGGUGGGCUCCAAAACUGUGUCACAAUGCAAGAACUUCUACUUCAACUACAAGAAAAGGCAGAAACUGGAUGAGAUUCUGCAGCAGCAUAAAAUGAAAUCGGAGAGAGAGCGUAAGGCGCGGCGUAAAGGCAAAGCUCUACAAAGUGAAGAGGCCAGCGCCCCGUCUGCUGCUGAGGAAGAGGAGAUGGAGGGUUCCGGGGCCAGCGGCAACGAGGAGGAAGCUCCCGAGGAUGGAGAAGGUGGGGCUAACAACAGCUCGGACACUGAGAGCCUGCCCUCUCCGCGUUCCUCUGAGGACAGCAAGGCUAAAGAGGAGGGUGGCGGUAGGGCCAAGGCUGGCUCCAAACCUGGGGACAAGGAGGCCUCAGGCUCCCACAUGGUCCAGGGAGGAGAUGAAAAGCCCCCAGGAGAUGGGGACAAGGCCAUCAAGCAGGAGGUGAAGACUGAAGCAGGGGAGGGUAGUAAGGAGCUGCCCAGUGAAUCCACAGACAGUGACAGAAAGCCCCCCACUGCAGAGGCAGAGGAGAGCAAGAGCUCCUCCAAGAGCUCCAAGAGGGACCACGAGCCCAAGACGGGCUCCCAUGCAGACAGUGACUCUAGCGCCACCUGCAGCGCUGACGAGGUGGAGGAGUCGGAGAACACCGAGAAGAACAGGAUGACGUCCCCAAACCGUCCCAGCCUUCUAAACUAUGCUCAUGAUGGGGUCAUCUCCUCCCCCCUGCAGAAGCCCAUGGACCUGAAGCAGCUCAAACAGAGGGCUGCGGCCAUCCCCCCUAUUAUGCCCCAGAUCCCGGAGGGUGGCCCGCGGGGUGGGGUUGGUAAGGCCGUGCUGCCCCCCCAUGCCCUGGCUCUCUACCAGCAGCAGAUCACCAUGGCCCAUGGAGAGUCCUCCCAGGAGGCCAAACUGCAGCAGCAUGCAGGUCAGCCCAGCAAACAGCACCCUUACCCAGCGCAGGGAGACAGAGACCCCCACAACAUCAGCAGCCCCCGCGUCCGCCCACGCAGCCCCUCCACCAGCGACAAGGACGAGCUGGAAGGAAACGAGAGGUGGCUGCAGACUCUACUUCACGGAUUACAUAAGUCCCGGGCCUUCUCUCCUCACGGAGACCCUAAGAAGCAGGCGGUGGGGCCAGAGGACCUGAGGGCCACUACCCUGGGCCGGCCUGUCAUGUCCCCCUACCCAAUGUCCCCUCGAGACAUGGCCAAGCUCAGCCACGAUCAACACCUGCUCCACUAUAACUCCUCUUUCCAGCAGGUUGGCCUCUCUGGACCCCCUGGUCUGCAGCAGGAUGGCAUCAGGAUGGCAGCGGUGCGCCCCCUCCACAUGCCAGAGCCACCCCCUCUCAUCUCCUCCAACAAGCCAGGGGGGUCUAUCACACAGGGAACCCCAGUGCAGCUGCAUAGCCCGGCUCACGGGAUGGACCAUGGGAAGAUGCCCCCUGCACAGAUGGGUUUGUCCUGGAUGGAUCAGAGGAAAGUGGGUGAGUCCAAGUGUCUGGAGUGGGUGCAGCAUUCCCAGCCUUGGUUUGCUGGUCCCUACCCUGUGGUGAAGCAGGAGCAGCUGUCCCCGCGGUGCUCGUCCUCCCAGGCAGAGAACCUGUCCACGCAGGGGGCGCCCCACGACGCCAACGCUGGACGUGGGUCCAUUCCAGCGGUGCAGGGGGGCAGCAUCACAAAGGGCAUCCCAGGGACCAGAGUUCACCAGGACUCCCCCAUCUCCUACCGAGGAGGCUCCAUCACCCAGGGCACCCCGGCUGACGUUCUGUACAAGGGGACCAUAACCCGUCUGAUCACGGAAGACAAUCCCAGCAGGGCGGAGAGGGAGCGGGACGAGGCCCUGUCCAAAGGACACGUGGUCUAUGAGGGCAUCAGCGGACACAUCCUCACCUAUGACCGCCUACCCUCUCAGAACCCUAAAGAAGACGGCCGGGGCCAGCCUGGGGAGAUCUUGGGGCUGAAGCGCCCCUAUGAUGUCAUGGAGGGAGGGAUCUCCAGGGGGCUGCCCAUGAGGGACUCUCUGUCUGCAGCCAACUGUGAGGGUCUGAUGGGUAGAGCCAUGCCCCAUGAGAGAGACAGCCCACACCCGACCCACCACAUCCGUGGUUCCAUUUCACAGGGUAUCCCCCGUCACCUGGAACCCCAGGAUGGCUACAUGAGGCGAGAGCCCAAGCAGAUGAAGAGAGAGGGCUCCCCGCCCCGAGGGCCUGGCCAGAUGGCUGACCCAAUGAAGGGCCGAGACGGCAUGGUUCCCACCGUGAAGGAGGGGGGCCGAUCCAUCCACCUCAUCCCCAGAGAGGAGCUCCGACAGAUGCCCGAAGUCAUGAUGAUGGCCAAGGCUGGCAAAGAUGGCAUCAUAGCACAGGGCGCUCCUAUGAAGCAGGAGCAGGGUGGCUUAAGGAAGGGGCACGAUGUUCGUUCCAUCAUCGCCAGCUCCCCACGCUCCCACUACGGCAUGCCCUCCCACCUGGAGAUGCGGGGGCCUGAGCAGCGGGGCCGCUAUGAGGAAGGUCCUAAGGGCCGGCCCAGCGCUGUGGUCAGCACGGCCAGCUCCAUGGCCCGCUCCUCGCCCCUGGCCAUGGGGGGCGACCAAGGUGGCAAGGCCCACCAAAGCCCCGUUCGCUACGAGGAACCCAAGGGUGGCAUGAGGGCUCCCUACACUGGGCCUUCUCACAGAGGAUCCCCCCUGUCCAGAGAAUCAGGCCAGCGGCAGCAUGAUGGCUCCAAUAAGAACCAGCCUCAGGAGCGCAAGUCCACACCCACCCCUAGGGAGAUGAGCUCCGGCAAGUCACCGCUGCCAGGCGUUGCCGAGCAGCAGGCCCAACAACAGGCCCAACAACAGGCGUCCCUGGCGUCGUACGAGCGUCUGCUGCAGGGUCUGGGGGCUGACGUGUACCGAGGUCAGAUCCCCCUGGCCUUUGACCCUGCUGCCCUGCGUCAGGGCAUCCCCAUCGACCCAGCAGCCUACUACCUGCCUCGCCACCUGGCCCCUAACCCUGGCUACCCUCACCCCUACCCCUACCUGAUCCGGGGCUUCCCCGACACGGCGGCCCUGGAGAACCGCCAGACGCUGCUCAACGACUACAUCACCUCCCAGCAGAUGCACCAGUGGCCUGCAGCAGCCGCCAUGGCUGCCCAGCGCUCAGACCUGCUGAGGGGGCUCUCGCCACGGGACCAGCCCCUCCAACUGCCCUACUCUGCUGCCCCGCGCGGGAUCAUCGAUCUGUCUCAGGUGCCACACUUACCUGUCCUGGUCCCUCCCUCUGCAGGGUCUUCCGGCUCCCCCAUGGACCGCAUCACCUACAUUCCUGGAGCCUUCCCUAGCCAGCCAUACACCUCCUCUCCCAUCUCACCAGUUGGACCCCAACACAUGAGCAAGCAGCACGGCACACCGUCCUCUGCUGACCGCGAGCGGGAGAGAGACCGGGAGAGAGACCGCGAGAGGGACAGGGAACAGGAGAGAGAGAGAGAGAGGGAUCGCGAGAGACGGGACAGAGACAGAGAGCGAGAGAGGGAGCGGGACAGGGACAGAGAGAAGGGGAUCUCUCACGGCAACGUGGAACACGCCCCCAUCUGGAGACCAGGCACAGAGCACAGCUCAGGUGGUAGUGUCAGGCCCUCCUCCCACUCUGGCUAUGGCCACCAGCACUCCCCGGUGUCCCCUCGCACCCAGGACAGUGUCCAGCAGAGGCCCAGUGUCCUGCACAACACUGGGGGCAAGAGUCUGCCUGUCAGCGACCACAACAACCCAUCUGUGCUAAGGUCCAUGCCAGGCUCAAAUCGCUACCCAGGCUACGGCUACCAACAAAGCAUGGACUCUAAGGAAAUGGGCCGGGAUGGGAGCAAGAGUAGGGGAGGCCUUCCCAAACACACCCAAGACCAACAUGGGCCCUCUAUAUCCUCCAGCAAAUCUGACCCCAAGCUGGCCAGCCCUAACCAAGGGGGUUACCCCAGCCCCUACCCCCAGGGCUCUUCAGCCUCUCACCACUCAGGGCGCCCCCCCCCUCACCUGCUGCCCCCCCAGUCGGAUAACGCUGCUGGCCGCGGAGAAAGUGGCACACCUAGUAGGGAAAAGACUCAAAACAAACCGAUGUCCGUUCAGGAACAAGAGCUCCGAUCACUCGGUAAGACCACCAUGACUGCGGCCAACUUCAUAAACGCGAUUAUCAUGCGUCAAAUUUCUUGUGAAACGGGAAUGCCAGAGACGGGCUCGCUCGUGGCCAACAGCGCCAGUGAUGUUCAGCAGAAGAUGAUGCCCAUGGAGCAGCAUGGUCUGUACCGACCUCCCUCUGAGGAGAGGCUGUCCCCGGGCCAGCAGCCCCAGUCCCCCCUGGUCAAAAGCAGCCAGAGGGUGGUCACCCUGGCCCAGCACAUCAGUGAGGUGAUCACCAAGGACUACACCCGGCAGACCCAGCAGCAGGUCCAUAUGCAGCAGUCCUACCAUAACAACUCUGUCCUGGACCUGACCCGGACCACCAGCGCCCCCCAGGCCCCACCUGCCUCCCAGGAGCCCAGCCAGGGGCCUCGCUACACUCCAGAGGGAGCCGGAGGGGAUCGUGCCCGAGACAGGUCCCCUCCUCAGCCCAAGGUGUCACCUGUCAAUAUGUCUACAGACGGCAUUGAGCCCGUGUCCCCUGCCGGAGCCAUGUCUGAACCAGAGACGCAAGGGGCCUCCUACCCCAACGAGCAGGGCAUGGGCUCUCGCUCCCCUCCCAGCACCUCCCAGCCCCCAGCCUUCUUCAGCAAGCUCACUGAGAGCACCUCGGCCAUCGUCAAGUCCAAGAAACAGGAGAUGAUCAAGAAGAUGACUGUGGUCGGCAGUGACGCCGAGUUCAAUCCUGGUCAGCCAGGAACAGAGAUAUUCAACAUGCCUGCCUCUACCACUGCAGGACCUGUGAGUAUACGCAGCCACCCGGCUCCCGAGGUGUCCGGUAACACCAUAGGGCUGGAGGCCAUUAUCAGAAAAGCCCUGAUGGGAAACUAUGAUGACCAGGCCGAGGAGCGCCCUCCCUCCUCCAAUGCUAUUAACCCCAUGGUUGCCAGUGUGCCUGCCGCUAUGCUCCCCGCUGAUGGACGGACGGAGGACUCUUACUCACUGCAAGGUGGGGGGAAACCAAAGGGCAGCGGGCGUUCUAACGGGCGGAAGGCCAAAUCCCCCGGGCCGGGCCUGUCAGGGGGGGAGAGACCCUCCUCUGUGUCCUCUGUCCACUCUGAGGGGGAUGCCAACCGCCGCACGCCCGUCACCAACCGUGUCUGGGAGGACCGGCCCUCCUCCACAGGCUCCACACCCUUCCCGUGUAACCCCCUGACCAUGCGUUUCCCAAGUGGCAUGCCGGUGUCAAACCCCUCCCCCACCCCCUCUGGCCAGUUAGGGGCUCAGGGCCAGGGCCGGUCCUGGGAGGAGGAGCCUAAGCCCCUGCUGUGUUCUCAGUAUGAGACCCUGUCUGACAGUGAGUGAGAGACCCUGUCUGACAGUGAGUGAGAGACCCUGUCUGACAGUGAGUGAGAGACCCUGUCUGACAGUGAGUGAGAGACCCUGUCUGACAGUGAGUGAGAGACCCUGUCUGACAGUGAGUGAGAGACCCUGUCUGACAGUGAGUGAGAGACCCUGCCAUGGAACAGAACAGCACCCGCCAACUAACCACCUCCACUGCUGCUGCAGGCACACACCUGACACACACACACACACACACACACACACACACACACACACACACACACACACACACACUAUUCCACUCUACAGCUCCAUCUCCACCCAGCAAGGGAGUACGACAGGACCUGACCUCUGGGCCUCCCAUCUCACACAGCUGACUGACGUUCACAAGCACCGAUGGGGGUGUGCUGAAACACUGCUGCUCCAUGUGUUAGUGUUUCAGUGUAUGCAGUCACUCCAGGACUACUCUAAAGGACAAAUCACUUGCUUUUUUACUUCAUUUUCCCCCUCUUACUGGCCUUAUUGAUACGGACACAUCAACUCAUGCGCUUGUUUGUAUACUGUUCUAGUGUCUUCUACGGUUUGUGGAAGGGACUUGGUACGGCCCCAUAAUCUGAUGCUCAUGUGUUUUAAUUUGGCCUGCGGAGGGAUUCACUUGCCCUGGUCAAGGAUGGAUGUGUCUUCUGCUUAUACAGGAAACCUGCUCUGUUCGGCCAUGUCAGGGCUCUGAACAGGGAUUCAACCUGGAUCUUCAACUUGGAGAAGCCUGCUGCUCCCCUCUGACCAGCAAACCCAACCAGAGUGGACAUGCAUCAGCACAGAAGUGUCUCUCUCUCUCUCUGUCUGUCUCUCUGUCUCUCUCGCUCUGCGCCAGUGACCCCAUGGACAGGGUGUGAACCACACAGAGUUCUGUUUGGAGAGGUCUGCUAGGGAAGCGGUCUUCCUACACUGGGUCAUUUCACUGUGCAGAGGGCAGGCGGACAGGCAUGUAGCCAGGCAUGCCAUCUAUUGUACAGUACUGUGGACACUGAGUUCAGACAGCCUGUGCAUUUCUACUACUGUUAGAAUGCAUCAGAUGAUGGACAGGAGGAGAAAACCAACACAGGAAAACAAGGUCUUUAUUUUCUUUUCUCCUUUUUAAAUCCAGUCAGUCCAGUCCUGUGUUUGAAAGUGAGCUGAGACCUUUAGUACUUUUGAUCGUGAAUGUUUUGAUGGUGUCAGUUUAUCUCUUAUUUUCAAUGAUCUAUCUUUGGGGGUUUACAGGGUAUACAUGCUGUCCAUUGCUGAUGUCAUCAUACAUUUGAAAUGUUAUUGGAGGACGGUGGUGGCAUAUGGUCUCCAGACAUCCAAUAGAGAGAGCGGUCUGUGGGUGUGAUGGAUGGCACUAAGGAGACAUGUGACACUUUCUCACUGUUUUUAUAUUAACCAUGUCUGUGUUUGUUGAGAAUGUUUUUGGAUGUUAAGCACUUAGUUGUCAAUUUGUUCACAACGGCAUUUUUAGGAAUCUGUUUCGGGCAGGCGAGAAUGGACUCGAGAAGAGUGUAGAAUCCUACUGUGGAGGCGUCCUCCUUUAACAUCUGUUUCAUUUGGUCUUGCCACCAACAUUCUUUAGUGCUCCCAAACUCAAGCGACAAUCACAGUUCUAGUGAAACAUUACCUAGUCCGCUUUGAGUGGGUGGAGACCAACCUUAAAGCUGCUUUAGGGCAAAUUUCCCAGCAUCCGAGUUGGAAUUUGCUUGCAUUAAAGAGGUGACAAAUAAAAGCCAUCUAUGUUUCUAUGCCCCUUGGUCCAUGGCGGUGCCGGCUGUGGCUGUAGUGUGAACCCCAGCUGGCCUGCUGGAAGCUCGUCUCUUGGAAUGAACUCCUAAUGUCUCUAGGGGCUGCCUGUUGUGGCAGUCUGACCUCUGAUCUUUUACUGUCUAGAGGAAGAGGAGCUCUGCCUUAUGCCAGGCCAGAUGCACCUUCUUAUCUAGACCUGAUUUUGUACAGUUAUAAGAUAUUUCUAGUGUUAAGUGCCAUUUAUUUUACAUAACACAGUACUGAAGUUACCAAGUGACGCACAAUUUCUUUUUUUUCUUUUUUUUCCUGUCAUUUUUCUUCAUGCCAGGGUUAUACGUGUCCAUGCAGGGAAAUGUUGAAACCAAGAGCAGAUGAAACGUCCCUCUUGAUUUCUUUUCUAAAUCUGUCACAGCCUUAGCUCUUAACUGUCACAUAUUCUGUCAGGAUCCUGAUUCAGAGGAGGUUAAAGUCCAACAGUUGGUGUUCAUUUACCAUGUGUGAUUUUACAUUUUCCCCCAUUUUAAAGGCCAUCUCUUUGUUGUUGAUGUGGUAUAUGACAGUGUUCAUGGCUUGUGUUGAGUGUUGAAGCAAGAGAAGCACAGCUCUUCUCAGUGUGACUGUUGUUGAGGGCGACCGCGGUGUGUUCUCCUGUCCGGUCCACUAGUUGAGAGCGGGUUGAGUUAGUCAUGAUGGAGACUUGUUAGUAAUGAACAUGUGUAACAGUUGUUGGACUGCCUGUGCUCUCCUCCCCCUUCAUCUUCACUGGAUUACUAAAGUUUCUUACCCUGGCUACCUAAACUGGUCAUGUUUUAGAUCUAGUCAGUCAAGGUGGAGCUCAAAUUACAAGUUUUUAACUGGGCCCAAUAAAACAGAAGGUAAGAGUUUCAGCCUCUCUACUUUAUCAAUUGACUAUUCAUGAAGUCGUUGGGAGAGCAAAGUGACAGUACAUUUUGACAUGAUAGGAAGUCAGAACCAUAUCUACAUGCUAGCUAAAUAAAUGGCAGAGGAAACUAGAAUCCGUUUGAAAUGUACUGAUGUGUAUUUUAAUGAUUUAUGUUUUCCCCCUCUGGUUUCUGUUUGUUCUUACACUGCUUGCUUUGAUUACUGUCAUGUCACUCUCCGUGCUAGAAGUUAGCGUUUCAUUUGUAAUGAAAAGGAUGAUUCAAGACGAACGAAAAACGAUUUUGUCGAAUGGCGGAUACGAUCCCUGUAUUGUACGAGGGUGGGCGGGAGGGAUUGGCAUUGAUAAAUGUUCAACCAUAUUGUGCAUAAUGAUUUCUUUUUGUAUUAUUAUAACCCACUGUAUAAUAGCAAGGAUUGUAUAUAGAACUGAAAAGAUGUAAAUAUUUAUGUGGCUUGCUGCAAGGUUGGUAUUUACAUAAAAACUAUUCACACUGUUUAAUUCUACAUGCCCACCAGCAAGCUUUGUGGAAAGCAGUGUAACAAUGAAAAUAAAAAAAAACACUGCCUUAAUGUUUAAAUAAAAAGCUUAUUGCCAUUGAAA